UGUACCAGUACUCACCUAAUGGACGCUCAGGCGAUAAGUGCGCCAGACAUCCUUUCAGUUUGAUUUGUUUAAAGAAGAAUAUGUAGCAUCGUGACCCAAUGGUCCCAAAACGUGACCCGCGUUCGGGGUACCCCUGCGGAGUUGGAGCCAGACAUGGAGGCCCAGCGGGCCCUUCAGGUUAGGGGCGGCAGACGGUGGCCAAGCGACCCAAACAACACGCAUCAGCUGACCAUCUGCUGCCACUGCCAACACCUUAUUUAUUUAUUUAUUUAUUUAUAUAUAUACAAGAAGAAUUUCAUCACUACUGACAAAACUCUAUGGAUGCGAUACCUUGAGGGGAAAAUGGUGUGUGUAGCUUGAUCGUUGUCCUUCAGGAAUAGCUCAGACAUAAUUAACCAUGAAUGUUAAUCUAUAUUGGGAGCAUAAUGUAAAAUGUGAAUUUUGUGAAGCAACAUUUGAUAAUCAAGAUACUUUAAAACAACAUUUGAGGCUUCAUUCCCGGAGAAAACCUUAUAAGUGUGAUGAAUGUGGAGCAAAAUUUUCAUACAAUAGUACGUUAGAGUGGCACAAAAAGAGUCACACUGGGGAGAUGCCAUUCAAGUGUGAUGAAUGUGGUGCUCAAUUUCUUCAGAACAGCAUGUUAGUUUGGCAUAAGAGGAAACACGGAAUGGGGGAGAGUUCACAGAAUUCUGCACUUGUUGUAAAUAUGACAAAUAUUUACCACCAGCAGGGUGUGCACAACUUUUCCAAUAUAUUUAACUUGCCAAACUUGGUGAAUACAUCAUGCACUUUUCCCACUAAUGUUGUGGCCUCUUGCUCAACAGGACCUACAACCAGUAUUACAACACCAUCAGAUCUCCACAUGGUUAAUUCUCUUUCUUCCCAACCUGUUAUUGCUACAGGCUCUUCACAACCCGAAAUGUUAACAGAUAUGUCGGGUAAAAGGAAACCCGAAGGAGAAGGAGGAACAUACAGGUGUGAUAUAUGUGGUACUCUGUUAAUGCUCAGUUCUGAUCUAAAAGCUCAUAUGGAUACCAAACAUAACAUGGGUGAAAACAAUCCUUUUUACAUUCUUGCUAGGCAGCAACAAGAAAAUGGUGAGUUUGUACCAAGAAAAAAAAUCAUAGUUGAAAAACCCUACAAAUGUGAUCUCUGCGGUGCAGGUUUUAACACUGAAGGUCAUCUGAAAAGUCAUCGGCAAAAGCAUACAGUAGAGAGGCCAUACAAAUGUGAAAAAUGUGGCCUAACAUUUUCUGAUCACACUAUUUUAGAGUCACAUGAACGAAGGCAUCAAGCUGAUAGACCAUACAAAUGUGAUCGCUGUGGUGCAGCUUUUUUCAGAGAGACUCAUUUAAAAAGACAUACCAAGAGGCACACAGGAGAGCUUGUGUGAUAGAUACAGUUUGUAUUUACUACUGUUCUUUGGAAAUAACAAUUGUUUUAAAAUGGCUUGUUUAACAUUUUAAAUAUUUAUGUACUGUACAGUAGAAGUUCUUUGCUAAUAAUAUGUCAUUAUAUAAAAUAGGGAGCCCAGAGCAGUCAUUUUUUAGGCACUCAGCAGCUCGUGAAACAUUUUUGUACAAUCCUAAGUUUAUAGUGAAAAAUUCUGUGUGAACGCUUGGGUCUUACUUCAUGUAGCAUAUCUGCUUAUUAAGAAUACUGCACAGGAUACUAAAAUAUAUUAUCUCUGGUUGUAAACUAGUAUCUAAGCUUUUAUAUUGAUAGCAUCCAUAUCACAUGCAUUGUCAUAAGUUCUAUCUAAGGUAUGGCAUUGUUAGGUAAUGUAUAUUUUAAAUUUGCAGUUAGAUGAAUACUGUAUAAUUUCAUGCAAUAUUUUUAUAUAUAAUUUGUUAAAUUUAGCAUUCUUUUUGUGAGAAGAUAAACAUUUGUCCCAAUUUAAUCAAGGAUCUAAACACGUACACAAUAAUGUUAGUUUUAAAGAGAGUUCAGUUAGAGUAGCUGUAACUAUCUGGCAUAAUCUGCUUUGGUUGAUUUAAGACUGAAUGGGAAUGGAUUCCAUAACUCUUUUGCUGCACACUUUAAUUCUGACCAAAAAAAAUAUAUAUACAAUAUUUUAUUUUUGCUAUUAUGAUUUUACAUUUCUAGUAAGAAAAUUACCUGAUCUUUCCAGCAGAGUUAUUUGAAAAACAAAAGCAAUAAUUCACGGUAAAAAAAAUGAAAAUGUGUUUGGGUGUUUGCAAAGAUACAUAUCAUUAUCCCUGUCAACAUUGUAAGAAUGCUAUAAUUACAAUUUUUUUUUUUUUUUGAGUUGGGGAUGGGGAAAGUAAGGGUUUAGUUUCCUUCAUUUAUACAGUAUUUAAUAUCCAAGAAAGUAAUGCUUGUGUACAUCCUACAUAUUGAGGUCCCUCGAUGGUCAAACUACUGACCCUCCUCAAGAUGCAACCCACAACAGUUGCCUAACUCCUAGGUACCUAUUUACUACUAGGUAAACAGAGGUAUUAGGUGAAAUGAAGCAUGCCCAACUAUUUCUGCCUCGCCCAGGAAUCGAACUUGGGAUCCCUGAUUGUGGGUCGAGAACAAAGCCAACUGCACGAUGAGACUGUUUUUGAGUCUCCACUGUAUAAUAUAUGAUCCAGGCUGCUAAAUAUAAGAUAUAGAAAUUUUAUUUAGGGAAAAGUACAUACAUACAAAAUGACUUACAAGCAGAAUGUUGGAUUUCUGGAUAAAGCAAAUACUGCAUUGUACAUACUAUGCCUAAAGCCACUAGUACUCACAGGGUUUUGAGUAAACAGGCAAUUACAGUAUUCGGGAAAAUAAAGCUAAAAAUGUUCCUAAUGUACUGAAUAUCAUUGUAAAUACAAGGAAUGUAUGCAUUUUAUUCAUAAAACAUCCUUUUUUAUGAAAAUUCUUAAUGAUUUAUGUUGUUUCUCACUUAUGUUUACAUUUCUAAUUGUAAAACAAUGUUUUUCAUAUUAAUCAUCAUACCUCUCAUAAUGGCAAGUAAGACUUGAAUAGGAAAUACCUAUUCCUGAGAGAUAUAGGGCUACCACAUUAAUAAGCUUCUGUUCUUUAUGCCAGAUGUUUGGAAAAACUGUUUCAAGGAGUUGAAAUUCCAUAUUCUAUGAAAAACUCGCCUUUUGUUUUUUGUUGAAAAACAAUAAUGUCCUUUUCGUCAUUUAUCUGUAGCCAUGUUUCACAGUGAAAAGUUUAAGACCCUAUACAAAAAUAAACAGUACAGUAUGGCAUUUGAUUAAUAUCUAAUUGGAAAAUAAUACACUUUCCAUGACCUAGUCAUUUACUAACUUUAAAAUUUAUAUAUUGUACUAUAUUGUACAGUGCUAGUGUAUUACAUUAUAAUGUUUGUAGGUAAGUCCCCCAAUACAGUUUGGACAACUUUUUGUAAAAUAUUUGUGUAAAAUCAGGUAUUGCAAGCAGACCUAUUUUAAUUAUGCCAUAGUACUGUAUAGCUACACUUUUUGACUAAUAUGUGCCCGAGACUUAAAACUUCAUAUUAGUAAACCGUAGAGGUAUUCAUAGUUAAAAGAGGGUAUGCAAAUUGUGUAUGAUGUCAAAUUUGCAGUAUUACUGGACAAGAGGGUAGCAGGUUCCAGACAAUGCUGUUACUGUAUAUAGAGUAUGAGUGAGUUACUGUAUGUCCUCUGCUCACAAUCAAAUAACUAUCAAAUAUCCCAGAUUAAAUUCCCAAGUGGGACAGAGAUGGUUGGACAUGUUACCUUUCACCUGAUGUUUAUGUUCACCUAGCAGUAAAGAGGUACCCAGGAAUUAGGCAGCUGUUGUGGGUUGCAUGCUGGGGAAGGUCAGUACUGUAUUUUGCAGAGGGCCUUGAUAAGCCUAACUGGCUUCCAGUUAGGCGAGAAACCAUAAGGUGUACCAUAUGUCAACAUAUACUGUGUGUUCACUGUACUAUAUUGAAAGUAUUAUAUUGUAUAAUAUCUAAUUCCAAAAGUAAGAACUUGGAUGACAAUAUGAAUACAGGUACUGUACUGUUCAAUAAAUCUUUAGGCUACCGUUCCAUCACAUAUUGCAGCCAGAGAAACUGAAAGAGUUCUUUCUGUUCAGGGAUAUUUACCCUUCCCAUACUAGUGCAAUAAAUAUGGAAAAUUUG